UAGAGGAGCGUGGGAGACUCGCAGUGGUUGUGGCUCUCGGUCUAAAGUGCCAGUCGGGCGUCGCCCUCUGCUCCUUCUGACCGGGUAGCGGGAGACUUUCUAACAUCACUAGUCUUGGAGCGGUAGGUGGGACCUGGUCGGCCCAGGAGUCGGCCCCGCCGAGGCUGGGCUGCGGAUAGGAGCCUUCGGCUCAGAUCUGUCUCGAAGUCAGUGUGGCACUUGAGGAAGGCACUACCUGCCCCUGAGAUGGCGUCCACGCUUCCGACAACGGGGGCCCAGGGGCCAAUGCUGUUUGAGGAUCUGGCUGUGUAUUUUUCUCAAGAGGAGUAUGUGAGUCUGCACCCUGCCCAGAGGUCCCUCAGCAGAGACACUACCCAGGAGUGUUUCAAGGAUAUGGUCUUGAUGGCAGGAGGGGAAGGCAAGACUGAGACUUCUCAACGGUUGAAUCUAGAGUCUACGGGAUUUGAAGAACUUGCCACAGAAAACUCCUCUAUCACUGUGCCCCUUGUCUAUUACCCAGAAAAAUCCGAGACUGGAGUUGGAGACCCAGAAAGGAAAGUAUCAGGUGGAGCUCCUGCUUGCAAGAAAAGGCUCAUAAGCCUAUUAGUUACCAUUGAAAACCAAACCCCAUUACUAGAACUAUCUCAAUGUUUAGGAACCAGAGCACUUUCUGAAAUUCUUGAAUUUCCUGGGGAAGAAGCCAAAAAUUUGUACAAGUGUCCUGAAUGUGAUGAAAGCUUCAGUGAUAAUUCAUACCUUGUUUUGCAUCAGAAAAUUCAUUCAGGGGACAAAAAGUAUAAAUGUGGUGACUGUGGGAAGAUUUUCAAUCAUAGAGCCAAUCUGAGGACACACAGGAGGAUCCAUACUGGUGAGAAGCCUUAUAAGUGUGCUGAGUGUGGCAGCAGCUUCCGCCAGCACUCACAUCUGUCUCGGCACAGGAAUAUCCACGUAAAGGAGAAACCCCACACAUGUAGCAUAUGUGGAAGAGGUUUUACGUGGCUCCCAGGAUUGUCACAGCAUCAGAAAAUCCACACUGCUAAAACUUAUGAAUGUACCAACUGCGGUAAAUAUUUUGGUCAGAACACAAAUCUGGGUUUGCGCGAGAAAACGCACAUGUCAGCCACCCAGUACCGGUGCCCUCGGUGUGUGAAGUGUUUCGGGCAGCCCUCACACCUUUUUCUGCCCGAGCAGGGUCAUGAGGAUGACUCUGAACACUGCAGUGACUGUGGGGAGAAUCUACUUUUGUUCUCAAAAUUCAAACCCUUAAAAUGUCCUGAGUGUGCGAAGACCUUCCUUCGUGUUUCCGAGCUCAUUUCCCAUCAGAGCAUUCAUAGAGGGGAAAAGCCCCAUAAAUGCAAAACAUGUGCAAAAAGUUUUAUUCUGGAUUCAGAGCUUGCAUGUCACCAGAAGAGCCACAUGGGAGAGGAACCUUUUAAAUGUAGCACAUGUGGGAAAGGUUUCAGGUUGUAUAUGCAUCUCACUGUUCAUCAGCAAACCCAUACGAAAACCACCACGUAAAUCUAGCGAGUUUUCAUUAAUGCUGUGCUUCUUAGUAUCUGGAUUGAAAACUGGGGACCAGUUACCCUUUAUGUGCCAGGCAUUUUACAUGCAUCCCGUGUCACUUAGUACCCACCACAACUUGCUUUAGGCAUUAUGACUUCUGUUUUAUAGCUGAGGAAGCAGUCAAUGUCAGCUAGUGCGUGAAGCCAGGAUUUUAACUCAGUAACUCGUUCCCUGUACACAUUCUAUUUAUAUGAGUCAGAGAAUGAUAAGGAUUUCUUUUUAAUUCAGUUUUCAUUAAAACGAAAGUGUUCCUAGAUGUUCUUUACUUUUGUUACACAGUUUCUAAGUAAGUUUUAGAAGAAGGAGACUUUCCCUUUUCUUUUCUUUUCUCUUUCUUUCUUUCUUUCUUUCUUUCUUUUUUUUUGCCAGUUCUGCAGACCUAGUAUCUAGGAAAGUAAUUUGUCUAUAUCUGUCUUAUGCUUUUUGGGUCUUAACUAAAUGUAACAUUUGUAAGAAAUGAUAUUUCAUACAUGAUUUUCUGAUGUAGUUUAGAAGCUUUUACACCUACUGUGAAAGGUUCCCAAAUUAAGUGGACAAGUUGGUGUCAUAAUGGCUAUUAGUAUUCGUGGAGUUCCAUUCUCACAUAUGAUGCCACUGGCCUUUGUGACACAUUUGCAAGGAAUUUUGGCAGUCUGCCCAUAGCCUUUUCUGGUGCCUGGACUUGACCUAGGGAAACAUUCUUGCUCCUCUCUGGAAGAAGUUACCUCCAAGUUGCUACCAGAGCACAUUACCUGCCUUUCUACGAAUAAGAGUAAUUAUUGUUCAGUGAACAUGCUAGAUGCUUCACAUGUAUUAUCUAAUUUAAUCUUCAGGGUAAAUGUGACAGAGAAAGGGCUAUCCUUGUUUCAUAAACGAGGAAACUGAAGCCCACAGAGGUAAAGACAGUAUCUUGCCGAAGACAAAAAAUAGCAAUGUGCUGAAGCUGGCAUUUAACCUUGGGUCUCUGUGAUGCUGAAGGUUGUGCAUUCUUCAAUCCUGUUAUGUGUCUGCAUUUGUGUUAGGUCCGCAAGCAGCCAGGAAGGCUGAGAUGGGUGGGUGAGGAUGGUCAUCAUGGAGGCUUCCCUGUGCACACGCAUCCUAGAACCCUUUCAUUGCCUUUGUGCUUUAUCCCAAGCCUGACUUAACGUGUAUGGUAAUAAAGCAACAACAGAAAGAUUC